AUGUAUGACACUGGUGAGAAUGCAGAAGCUAAACAUCUUAUGGAUGAAAUAACAACCAUAAAGUAUGAUGAAUCUAAGGGGGUGAGAGAUUUCAUUAUGAAAAUUGUGAAUGGUCAAUCCAAGUUGAAAGAUCAUAAAAUUCCUCUACUUGAUACUUACAUUAUUCAUUGUGCUCUUCACGCACUUCCUGCCUCUUUUAGUCUCAUUAAGAUAGCUUACAACACUUAUAAUCAAACAUGGAGCGUCAAUGAAUUAAUUUUUAAGUGUGCUGCCGAGGAAAGCAAGCUAAAAAAGGAAAAGAACGAGUUUGCUCAUUAUGUUUCUCAACUCAAGCCAACAAAGGAAAAUAGUGGUGCUACAAUUCAUGUUUCUACAACUUUGCAGGGAAUAAGGGAUCUCAAGAAGCCAUAUGCGAGGGAGUCAAAACUUAAAGUGGGAAACGAUGUUGGAGUUGAAGUUUGCCAUGUUGGCACAUUUAUUCUUGAAUUACAAUCUAGUUUUAAGAUUGUUUUGAACAAUACCUUUUAUGUUCCUACUUUUAAGAGAAAUUUAUUUUCGCUUCCGCUGUUGGAUAAACAAGGAUAUACUUUUCUUUUUGCGAAUAAUAAGGUUGACAUUAUGUUUGACUCUCGAGUUAUUGGAAACUGUAUACUGAAUCUGGACAAAACAUGGGGCCUUUUCCUAAGUAUUUACAAGAAAAAUGGUAUAGUUGCUCAAUACACCAUGUGUGGUAACCCUGAACAAAAUGGAGUUGCAGAAAGACGAAAUCGCACUUUAAUCGAUAUGAUUAGAAGCAUGAUGAGUAGAUCUGAUAUGCCAGAGUUCUUAUGGGUUGAAGCAAUCAUGACUACUACUUAUAUCUUGAAUCGUGUUCCAAGUAAAUUUGUACCCAAAGCUCAUUUCGAGUUGUGGACUGGUAGAAAGCCUGGUUUGAAUCAUCUUCGUGUAUGGGGUCGUCCAGCUGAAACUGCGAAAUUUAUGGAAUUUGAUGUUGCUAAAAUCAUUCAUACUCCAUCUCUUGAAAUGGGGGAGUCAUCCGAUGGAAUUUUUAUUCCUGUGUCUUUUUCAAGAUAUGAUAAUCAUAGCGAUCCUAUCCCUACCCCUAAUGAUAAUGCUCAUAUUGCUGACGAGCAUAUUGCUCCUGUUAUGGAUGAGGGUCCUGUUAUUGAAGAAAUUUUGAUUAUGGAAGAUGUCAUUCAAAAUGAUGAUCAACAAAUAGAAGCUAAUCCAGUAAUACUUCCUCCAAGAAGAUCUCAAAGGGACAAAGGGAAAAGAGCUAUGAAUGAUGAGAUUGAGUCCAUGAAGAAUAAUGAUGUAUGGGAGUUGGUUGAAUUACUAGUUGGUUUUAAACCAAUAGGUUGUAAGUGGAUUUUCAAAACCAAAAAGGACAAUAAGGGUCAUAUUGAAAGGUUUCAAGGAAAGUGGAAAGAAGAGUUUGUUUGCAAAUUGAAACGAUCUAUUUAUGGUCUCAAACAGGCUUCUCGUCAAUGGUACUUGAAGUUUGAUAAGGUUAUACUGGACAAUGGAUAUGUAAAGCUAACGAUAUCGAAGCCACAAGGAUACUUAAGUGGGAUUACGUAUGGAGGAAUGGACAAUCUUUUGGACCCCAAUUCAAAAGAAUCCAGUAGAGGAUACUGGGAUGCUAAUUGGAGUUGGCCUGGUGGUCAGGACAGAUAUAAGCUAUUGAGUGGAGUUGAAUAUAGUGUUGUCAAAAUGAGCAAUGACCAGAUAGAGGUUUCAUUCAGGAAUAUAUAUGAUCCAUCAACUAAGGGAAACGAUUUGCCUCUUAGUAUGGACAUAAGGUACAUAUUGAAGACUGGUGUUUCAGGUUUCCAUUGCUACGCAAUAUAUGAGCGGCCUUCAGGCAGCCGUGCCUUUGACCUUGCUCAGACAAGAAUGGCUUUUAAGCUGAGACCAGAGAAGUUCCACUACAUGGCAAUUUCUGAUGAGAAACAAAGGGUAAUGCCAAUGCCACAGGAUCUGCUUCCAGACAGAGGCAAAGAGCUAAUUGUACCAGAAUCAGUUUUAUUAGUUGAUCCCAUUAAUCCAGAUCUCAAAGGCGAGGUUGAUGAUAAGUAUCAGUAUUCAAUGGACAACAAAGAUGGUGGAGUUCAUGGAUGGAUAAGUUCUGGCCCUGUUAUAGGUUUCUGGGUUAUAUUUCCUAGUAAUGAAUUUCGUAACGGUGGUCCUACUAAGCAAAACCUCACAGCACACACCGGUCCAACCUGCCUUGCGAUGUUGCAUGGAACUCAUUAUAUUGGACAAGACAUAUUAGCUCAUUUUGAAGAGGGGGAGACAUGGAGAAAGGUUUUUGGUCCUUUCUUUGUAUACCUCAAUUCAACCUCAGAUGUAUCAAAUGCACACAACCUAUGGUUUGAUGCCAAAAAACAGAGGCUGUUAGAAGAGAUGGCAUGGCCUUACGAUUUUGUCUCAUCGCCAUACUAUCUUAAUGCUAAAGAGCGUGGUUCAGUUUCAGGAAGACUUCUUGUCCAAGACAGGUAUGUUUCUGAAUCUCCAAUCCCUGCAAAAAAUGCAUAUGUUGGACUAUCAGCUGCAACAACUGAAGGAUCUUGGCAAAUAGAAAGCAAGGGUUACCAGUUUUGGGUGCAAACUGAUUCAAGUGGAAACUUCACUAUCAAGAAUGUCAUCCCUGGUGCGUAUGGGCUUCAUGGAUGGGUUCCUGGUUUCAUUGGUGAUUACCUUGACAAAGCAAUCGUUACUAUCUCAGCUGGUUCACACUCAGAACUUGGCAAUCUGACCUAUGUUCCCCUCAGAGACGGUCCAACCAUAUGGGACAUUGGCUUCCCUGACCGUACAGCCAUCGGUUACUAUGUUCCUGAUGUCAACCCAAUGUAUGUGAACAAGCUAUUUGUCAACACCCCUGAAAAGUUUAGACAAUAUGGCUUGUGGGACAGAUACUCUGAUAUUCAUCCUGAAUUUGACCAAACUUUUACUAUAGGCAUCAGUGAUCCAAAGAAAGACUGGUUCUUUGCUCAUGUCGACAGGAGAGACACGGAUAAUAAGUACGUACCUUCAACAUGGACAAUAAAGUUUAACCUCAAAUCAGUAACCAGAGGAACUCACAAGCUAAGGCUGGCCAUAGCAUCAGCAACUCGUUCUAAUCUCAUGGUUUAUGUCAAUAAGAUGGAUGAAGUACAUGAGGUGUUUCAAGUGCUGCAGUUGGGUGCAGAUAACACAGUUUGUAGACAUGGCAUACAUGGACUAUACCGGUUGUUUAGCAUUGAUAUGUCAUCUACGUUGCUUGUGAGGGGAGAUAACUCUUUAUAUCUAGCACAGGCCAAGGGUGGAGACGCACUUUGUGGAAUCCUUUAUGAUUAUUUAAGGCUUGAAGGCCCAGCUUCUUCAGAGAUAUGACUGUAAAAGGACUUGUUGUAUCAUUUGAAUGGAGGCAUCACAUUAUAGUAGUUUUGGUAAUGUUUUGCUUAUGCCCAUUUUUCUAUUUGUAAUCCAAACGUCAUAACAAAAGAACUUGUAUUGAGAGGGACCAAGAACUGGAGAUGCGGACACUUCUGAGUUCUAACUUUGGAUUACUCUUCAACUCUUGGCUUGCUUUG